UUAUGUCAACCUACAAGGAUCCAUUUCCCGGCUGGACUGAUAAUUUGUAUGGGCCAUCAGGUUUGUGCACUUGGUCGGCGCGCGGUCUAGUGCGCUGCAUCUAUGGUCGGGCGAAUUGCAAGGCCAAUAUGGUGCCGGCAGAUUACUGUGUCAAUGCAAUGAUUGCCAGUGCCUGGGAUAUAGCGAGGAGAUUUUUAUUGCGCCAAAGUGAUGCAGAAUCCAAGGAGGAAUUACCUGUCUACAAUUACAUUUUCGAUCGGAACAAUUUAACAUGGGGCCAAUAUAUGCGCAUGUCACGUGAGGGAUUUCACGAGCCAUUUGACAAGGCAUUGUGGUGUUUCUCCUACGUUAUAAUACCUUCAAAGCCAAUACAUUGUGCCGUUGCAUUUUUUCUACACAAUAUACCGGCUUAUAUAUUAGAUUUCAUUGCCAUGGUAACUGGACAAAAGCGCAUCUAUAUAAAAGCGUAUCGUAAAAUUUCGCGAGUCAUUUAUAUGAUGUCUUGGUUUGGCUUGAAAGAAUGGCGCUUCGCUAACAAUAAUAUUGAUGAAUUGGACGCUAUGGUGUGCAAGACACAAGAGCGGAAUUUAUUACAAUUCAAUAUGGCUACCAUUAAUUGGAGCGAAUAUUUUCGUUCUUAUCUAAGUGGUAUACGGCGAUAUUUCUUCAAGGAUAAUGAUAAUAAAUUGCAGAAGCGGCGUGCAUUUUAUCGCAGGCUACUACUCUUACAUCAGCUGUUAAAAUCAACAUUCGGAUUCGCUCUAAUUGCAUGCCUAAUAAAGCUGUACUUCAAAAUCUUUAAGAUUAUACCGAAAAUUGCGUUUUAAACUCAACGUUACUGUUGAAAAGGAAUUUUCAUUAAUUUUUUUUAGUUAGAAAUAUCAAGUGCCUUUUACUAAUAUAUAACUCGAAUAUACGUACGCAAAUAUUUAUAUGUGAGUCAGUUUGAAAUAAAUGUUCACCACUUAGCAUAAAAGCAUUUUGUACCAGUAAAGAGUUGUUGGUAAAUCGAGCCAACUGGUAUAAAUUAACUAUA